CCGGGAGGGUCAAUCCACCAGUGAGGGCGAACGCUGGAGGAGACCAUGUUGAGUGAAGGCAGCGACCGGCUCUUGCGAGCUUCAUAAACAGGGUCUGGCGCACAAAAGUGACGACAUUGUAGCCAGCGGAAGUGACCUCGUGGACACCGACGCAGAGGGUCUACAUUAGAAACAUGGCUGCGACCAGUCUAGUGGGUAUUUGUAGAAGAGCCUCAGCGUUCCUGAAGGCUGCUUGUUCCCUAGUAAAUCCCAAGGACCCUGCUCACUCGGGUUGCAGGUCUUCUCUUAGUUUGUUGCAUAAGAACACAGCACAUGCCACCACUUUUCUCCAGUGUAACUUACUUCAUACCACAUUGUCAAGGAAAGGACUGGAAGAAUUUUUUGAUGACCCAAAGAAUUGGGGGGAAGAAAAAGUCAAAUCUGGAGCUUCAUGGACCUGCCAGCAGCUGAGGAACAAAAGUAACGAAGACUUACAUAAGCUUUGGUAUGUCCUUCUGAAGGAAAGAAACAUGCUUCUAACUCUGGAGCAGGAGGCCAAGCGACAGAGAUUGCCAAUGCCAAGUCCAGAAAGGUUAGAAAAGGUUGUUGACUCCAUGGAUGCCUUAGAUAAAGUUGUCCAGGAGAGGGAAGAUGCUUUAAGGCUUCUUCAGACUGGUCAAGAAAACUCAAGACCUGGGGCUUGGAGGAGGGACAUCUUUGGACGGAUCAUCUGGCACAAAUUCAAGCAGUGGCCUUUACCUUGGUACCUAAACAAAAGAUACAACAGGAGGCGGUUCUUCGCAAUGCCUUAUGUGGAUCACUUUAUCAGACUGAGAAUUGAGAAGCAUGCCCGCAUUGAAGCAAGAAAGAGAAAUUUACAGAAAAAGAAAGAAAAAAUUCUCCAGGCAAAGUUCCCACAUCUCUCUCAAAACCAGAAAUCAAGUACUGCCUAAGAUGAGAUCCAGAAGUCCAGUUCCAUUGUCCUUAAAGCCUGUGUCUUGAUGUGAAUAUUUGUUAAGUGGUUUAUAAAGAACUGUUCUUGUUAAGUGA